GGAAGCACCUCAUAUCCGACACUUGAGAUAUUUGUCAGCAUUUACCCCGCAGCACAGCGCUGACAGAUGUUGGGUUUCACUCUGUCACAACAAUAAUGGAGUGAGAAAAUUAAAAAACAAUAAAAACGGCAGAGGGCAAAUCCUGAUUUGCGCGCAGCCUCGAUCUGGAUGGAACCGACGGGUCUACGAGACGUUUUCAAAUGUAUAACACUGUCCUUUGCAGCAAUGGAGGAUAUUGGUGUCCUUCCAAAACCUACCAAUGACCCCCCCGUACACAGACCUACAGUCACUGAGACGUUUGGGCUGCACCACGUCCCACCAGACCAUGCACAUCUCACUGACGCAAACAGGAAAUUUGAUUUGGAGAAAGAUGGACCUUCCAAGAAAAGGUCUCAGUCAGUAAUCGCAGAGCCACAGAUGAUUCCCCAGUGCCCACCACAGAACCCAGUGCCUCUGGCCACUGAUACCACGCACCUUAACACGGCUGCCAAAAAUGGAAACCCCGCUGUGGAGAAGGCAGGUCCUGCCAGGAAGAAAUCCAAAGCCAGAGUGGCAGAACCAUCAAAGUGGAAACAGAACAAGCAAAAACAACUGAGGAUGGAGGGAAAAGAAUAUGUAAGCAAACGAAAAAAAGAUGGCGAGACUGUGAUAAAACAACCAAGGGAAAUGGGACCGAGAUGCACCUCUAGCACGUGUAAAAAGGUAUCAAACCGGCUUUGCAGCGACAUAACUGAAGAAACCAGGAAGAGACUAUUUGAUGAAUUCUGGCAGCGCAUGAACUGGGCUCAGAGGAAAGUGUACGUGGCAGGACUAGUUGACCGGGAGCCCGUGGAAAGAUCUCGAGCGGUGGGGGCACAGUCACGACGAUCAGUUUCACUUCGCUAUCAUUUGAUGGUGGAUGGCAAAAAGAAACAAGUGUGUAAAAACAUGUUCUUAUCCACAUUGGGGGUAGGAGAGUGGUCCGUUCUCAACUGGUCGCAAAAAGGAUUGACAAAAAAGAGUGACUCAAAUGAAAAUAAAAUAGAAAAAAAGCAGGUGAUCCCACCGUGCCCACAACUGAACCCUGCUCCUGCCGUCAGUAAUACUGAGGAAAAGACCCAGGAAGAGGAAGAUAAUGCCACUGACAAAGAAAAAAGCACAACACCAGAACCAGAUGGGCCGGCCAGAAAGAAAUCGAGGGUUGCUAAGCCACUUACAUGGAAGCAAAACCGGCAGAAGCAGCUUAGGAUGGAGGGCAAACCGUACAUCAGCAAGCGCAAAAAAGAUGGCGCAACGGUGACGAAAGACAAGAGGUCAAUGGGACCGAGAUGCUCGUCCAACGCUUGCAAAAGGGCAUCAAAUCGCUUCUGCGCUGACAUCAGUGAAGAAACUAGGCAGUCGCUGUUCGAAGGGUUCUGGCAGCGCAUGAACUGGUCUCAGAGAAAGGUCUACGUGGCCGGACUAGUCGACCGGGACCCUGUGGAAAGAACCCGAGCUCCAUGGACUCAAUCAAGAAGAUCUGUCUCUCUGCGGUAUCAUUUGUUAGUCGACGGUGAGAGAAAACAAGUUUGCAAAAAGAUGUUCCUCUCCACCUUGGGGAUUGGAGAGUGGUCGGUGCUUAACUGGGCACAAACUGCAGUGGCCCAGCAGGAGGAUUCAGAGGACAACGCUAAGAAGCGACUGCCAAGGAAGUCUCGCAAAGCCUCGGAGCAUUCGUUCCUCAAGGACUUCCUGGAGAGUUUACCGAAGGUGCCAUCGUACUAUUGCGGGACAUCCAUCUCCAAGCUGUAUCUAGAGCCCGUGUUCUCAAACAUGUCUGAGGUGUACAGGCAUUACCACAGCCACUGCCUGGAGAAGCAGACCACCCCGCUCUCUCGACAGGUGUUCUGCGCUGUGUUCAAAAAGAUGGACUUGAGACUGUGCGAUCCCAAGAAGGAUCAAGGUUGCUCUUAUAAUGCGACAGGGAACUUGUUUAACGAACUUUGGGAGGAAUACUGCAUGGAAAGAGAAGGUCCAGGGCCACAUCCGGACAAAGUUGGUGACCCAUAGUGGUGGUAGUAUGGAGAAAAAAGGUCUAUAUAUGGAGUUACAUGCUAAGUAAGCGUCAGUAUAACUUCAUUAGAUACAGCAUGAUCAUAUACACAUUGCAGCAGAACCCUCUAUGUGUCUCAUGGAGGCAGUGACUUUGCCAGAUUAAUUGUCCUCAAUGAGAUUAAAAAGG